AUGCAGGGGACCAGGGUCGACGGACCAAGGCAGCCCGGAGUCUCGUUCACCAUCGAUUACUUGCUUUUUGAUAAAGGAAAGAUUCCUCAAGAGGCCCCGGAACCAAAGGAUAUCCAGGACUCCAGAUUCUCCAGAGGAGAUGAUAUCCCUACAGUGGCAGGACAAGAACUACACGGGUCUCCAGACCUCCUGGAUAAACCCAACCUGUCCUAUAUCGCCCUCAUUUCUACUGCCAUCCUCUCAUCCCCAGAGAAGAAGCUGUUGCUUUGCGACAUCUACCAGUGGAUCAUGGAUAAGUACCCCUACUUCAAAAACAAGGAGAAAAGCUGGCGCAACAGUGUGAGACACAACCUCUCCCUGAACGAGUGCUUCGUCAAAGCGGGCCGCAGUGACAACGGCAAGGGCCACUUCUGGGCCAUCCAUCCAGCCAACCUGGAAGACUUCUCCAAGGGCGAUUACCACCGGCGGAGGGCACGGCGCCGUAUCCGGAGGAUGGCUGUGAACUUUGGCUACCACCUCCCGUAUGCCUUUUAUGGACUCAGCUGCUGCCCAAGCCGUUACUGCCUCGGCUGUUCUCCAUACACCCACCCUGGCAUUCCUGGUCCAUCUCCACCUUGCCUGCCGAGCUUUCCCCCUCUCCUUCUCCCACCAGCCGCCUCUUUAUUCCCUCCUCCUUUCUUCCCUGGAGGAGGAACAGAGAAAUCUCCAUCUGAAAAGCACCUCCGCUGGGCCACCUGGAACAAGCCAACACUCCCGAUGGUCCCCCUGCAAGCUCACGCCAACCUGUGA